GUGCGGAGUGCUCGUGUGUUCAGUGCGCUCCCGUCGAUCCGCUUAGAUAGAUCGGUUUCCUGCCCAACGACGGCAACAUAAUAAAAAAAUAUAAAACUCGACGACGACAGAGCUAAUAAUUGUGCAGGCUUAAGUGCAUCAGGGGCAUCAUGUUGCCCUUUUGGAAGCGGCUGCUGUACGCCGCUGUCAUCGCUGGAGCGUUAGUUGGUGCCAACGCUCAAUUCUGGAAGACCGCUGGCACGGCCGGAUCGAUUCAGGACUCGGUCAGGCAUCACAAUCGAAACGAUCCUCCAUUCCCAAUUGACGACAGCUAUGACAUCGUGGACUCGGCCACCAUUCAGCGCGGCGGAAAGCUGCCUCAGAACUGCACGGCCGGCUAUGCGGGCUGUGUGCCCAAGUGCAUUGCGGAGAAGGGCAAUCGUGGCCUGCCGGGUCCGCUGGGACCCACGGGACCCAAGGGCGUGACCGGAUACACUGGCCUCGACGGACCGCCCGGCGACAAGGGCCAGAAGGGUGAUCCCGGCCCAUAUGGACUGCGUGGCGACAAGGGCGAGCGCGGAUCUCGUGGUAUUCCCGGCCAGCCCGGUGUUGCCGGCGUACAGGGUUCUGCUGGCAAUCCUGGUUCGCCCGGUACACCCGGCAAGGAUGGCUGCAACGGCGAAGACGGUCUGCCCGGCGUGAUGGGUCUCUCUGGAAUGGCUGGACCGCGCGGUUACAUCGGCGUCGGUGGCGCCAAGGGUGAGAAGGGUGAGCCGGCCAAGGAGAAUGGUGACUAUGCCAAGGGCGAGAAGGGUGAGCCCGGUUUCACAGGACAAUCGGGCUUCCCUGGACCCCAGGGCGGACCCGGUGAGAAGGGUGAGCGUGGCGACACUGGACCGUAUGGUGCGAAGGGACCCCGCGGUGACCAUGGCUCCAAGGGUGAGAAGGGUGCCUCCUGUGUUGGCACCAUGAUGCCCGGCGCCAAGGGAGACAAGGGUGAGAAGGGUGACCCGGCGCCUGGAAAGCAGGGUACCGGAUCCGAAACCAUCAUUGGAGCGAAGGGUGAACCAGGACAGAAGGGUGAAGUUGGUCCAUUUGGACGCAAAGGUGAACCCGGACUGGCUGGCGACAUGGGACUCGAUGGACAAAAGGGCGAGAAGGGUCUGCCCGGCGGCCCCGGUGAUCGUGGUCGCCAAGGAAACUUCGGACCCCCAGGACCUUCAGGACAAAAGGGAGAUCGCGGUGAGACAGGUCUGAACGGUCUGCCCGGCGUUCCCGGUCAAAAGGGAGAGGCUGGACGUCCUGGAGCCAAGGGUCAACCUGGCUUGACCGGUACCCAAGGACCACCCGGCGGCGGAAGCGGAAUUCCCGGCUCUCCUGGACCAGUUGGACCUCGCGGCUACACCGGACCCCCGGGACCCCAGGGAUUGAGCGGAUCUGAUGGACAGCCGGGUCUGCAAGGCUAUCCUGGACAAAAGGGCGGCACUGGAAUGCCUGGUCGCCCUGGCGGCGAAGGACCACCGGGACAGAAGGGUGACAAGGGUAUCGCAGGACGCGAUGGCUCUCCGGGACCAGUCGGACCCAUUGGACACCAAGGACCCCCAGGACCCGAGGGACAGAAGGGUGACUCCGGUCUGCCCGGCUAUGGCACUCAGGGCUCCAAGGGAGAUGACGGCCAACCUGGAUUCCCUGGACAGAAGGGUGGCAAGGGAGAGCGCGGAUUUAAGGGCAAUGCCGGUGUUCCCGGUGACUCGAAAUUAGGUCGCCCCGGAGCUCCCGGUGUAUCUGGAGCGCCUGGACAGAAGGGUGAUGCUGGACGUCCCGGCACUCCCGGCCAGAAGGGAGACAUGGGUAUCAAGGGUGACGUCGGCGGCAAGUGCUCAUCCUGCCCGUCCGGUCAGAAGGGCGACAAGGGUACCCGCGGCUUGGAUGGCAUUCCCGGAAACCCCGGUGCCCGCGGUCCGCCCGGAGAGCGCGGCUAUCCCGGUGAUCGAGGACACGACGGUAUCAACGGCAAAACUGGUCUACCCGGUGAUCGAGGCACUGACGGUCUGCCCGGAGCUCCCGGAGCUGACGGUGCCCCCGGUAAAGAUGCCAUUGCGGAUAUGUCAAAGGUGGAGGGCAUUAAGGGUGAGAAGGGUAAUCCCGGCCUGAACGGAGCACCUGGAGUGCAAGGAUUCCCCGGAGCGCCCGGUUUGGGCGGUUUCCCUGGCAUCAAGGGCGAGAUCGGUUUCAAGGGCGACAAGGGUCUGCCCGGUUUCCCUGGCACUGAUGGAAAUCCCGGAACUCCUGGACGUGAUGGCUACAACGGAGCCCCCGGCCUGAGCAUCAAGGGUGAGCCCGGUAUUCCUGGCUUGCACGGAAUGAAGGGCGACAAGGGUACCUUUGGCAUAAGAGGCACCAAGGGAGAGCCCGGAACCUGCGACGCAUCCAAUCUGACUGUACCCUUCAAGGGCGACAAAGGUGACCGCGGCGAGACUGGAAUGAAAGGACAAAACGGAGAGAUGGGCCCGACGGGAGCACAAGGAUAUCCAGGUGAAAAGGGUAACCCCGGUCCCCGUGGUCCAGUGGGUCCCGUCGGACCACGCGGCCUGACUGGAAUUCGAGGCGAGAAGGGCAACCAGGGACCUAUUGGCGCCGCCGGCAAUCCAGGUCGGGAUGGUCUUCGCGGCGUUCCCGGACGCAAUGGUGACCGCGGCCUGAAGGGAGAGCAGGGCAUUUCGGUGGCUGGUCCACCUGGUCCCCAGGGUCUCGAUGGUCUGCAGGGCGAGAAGGGCGUCCGUGGCCCACCCGGAUCCCAGGGUCUGCCCGGUGUUGAUGGCAGCGUUGGAUAUCCCGGAGACAAGGGUGACGCCGGCUUACCUGGUGUGGCCGGACGUCCCGGAGCUGUUGGUGAGAAGGGAGACUUGGGCCCGGUCGGACCGGCUGGUGUUCCCGGACCCCCUGGUAUUCCCGGUAUCGAUGGAGUGCGUGGACGUGACGGCGCCAAGGGUGAGCCCGGCAAUCCCGGCCUGGUCGGUAUGCCCGGCAACAAGGGUGACCGCGGUGCUCCCGGUAAUGAUGGACCCAAGGGCUUCAACGGCAUUGCUGGUGCUCCUGGCAAGCGUGGUCCUGCCGGAGUUCAUGGAAUCUCUGGUGCCAAGGGCGACAAGGGAGCUCGUGGCUUGACUGGCAACGAUGGACCCGUUGGUGGCCGCGGCGCUCCCGGUCCACCGGGAUUGAUGGGCGUGAAGGGAGACCAAGGUUUGACUGGUGCCCCCGGAGAGCCUGGCUUGGACGGUUUGAACGGCGAGAAGGGUAAUCAGGGUUUGCCUGGCUUGGACGGUGCCCCGGGUCUGCCUGGUGAUGCCUCUGAGAAGGGACAAAAGGGUGAGCCGGGUAUCUCGGGACUUCGUGGAGACCAGGGCAUGACGGGCGAACCUGGAUUGCCUGGCGAAAAGGGUCUGCCUGGUCUGGCUGUCCAUGGACGUCCUGGACCGCAGGGCGAGAAGGGCGACACCGGACGCAGUGGCCUCGAUGGACGUGAUGGACUCAAUGGCGAGAAGGGUGACCAGGGUGCUGUGGGCAUGUGGGGCAAGCCCGGUGAGAAGGGAUCUGUUGGUCCCCCCGGCAUUCCCGGUGCUCCCGGCAUUGAUGGUCAGCCCGGCGCUCAAGGUGCACCCGGUCCCGUUGGCUACCCCGGCGCUCAAGGACUCAAGGGCAACGCUGGACUUCCGGGUCUGAAUGGACUUAAAGGCGAGGUUGGACCCGUAGGACCUCAGGGCUAUAUCGGUGCUCAGGGCAUCAAGGGUGACCGCGGACCACGUGGCCAGCCCGGUCUACCGGCCGUAAUCGAUGUUGGACUCCUCCGCGGUGACAAGGGAUCCCAGGGAGAGCGCGGCUUCACCGGUGAGAAGGGAGAACAGGGUGAGCGAGGCGAACAAGGUCUGGUCGGCUACGUCGGUGUCAAGGGUGACCGUGGUCUGGAGGGACCUCGCGGUCUGGACGGCUUGAACGGAUCACCUGGCCAGAAGGGCGACAUCGGACUACAGGGCGAACCCGGCUUCCCGGGACUCACAGUUAAGGGCGAGAAGGGUCUGCCUGGUCGCUAUGGCAAGCACGGACGUGAAGGUCUUACUGGACCUCCUGGCAUCAAGGGUGAGCGCGGUUUGCCCGGCCUGCCCGGAGAACCUGGUCUGGUUGGUCUGCCUGGAGCAAUUGGACCCGCCGGAGCCAAGGGUGAGCGCGGCCUGAGCGGCAGCCCCGGACAAUCGGGUGCGGAUGGAUUCCCCGGCGCCCAAGGACAAAAGGGAGACAUCGGUUUGCAAGGCAUCAAGGGUGAGCGUGGUCUGCCCGGCUUUGAAGGCAAUAAGGGAGACAAGGGCGCACAGGGAGCGCCUGGACCGGCUGGAGUGCCCGGUUUGCCAGGAGCCAAGGGUGAUACUGGCUACCCCGGAUUGGAUGGAACCGAAGGACCAGCUGGUGCGCCUGGUGAUCGUGGCUUCACCGGACCAAAGGGACGCGACGGACGCGAUGGUACCCCGGGUCUGCCAGGACAAAAGGGUGAGCCAGGAGUCCGACCACCACCAGGCCCGAAGGGUGAGCCUGGCCAGCCCGGACGCGAUGGACAGAAGGGCGAAAUUGGACCCCCGGGUGCCCGGGGUUUGACCGGCAUUCAGGGUGAUCGAGGUGAGAAGGGCGAGCGCGGUCUGAUUGGCGAGAGCGGUCUGGUUGGACGUGUCGGACCCAAGGGUGAUCGCGGAGAGCAGGGUCUGAUUGGUCUCGAGGGUGCCGUUGGUGCCAUCGGCGCCAAGGGUGAGCCCGGAGCACCAUGCUCCGCGGCCCUUGACUACCUCACCGGCAUCCUGGUGACGCGUCACAGUCAAAACGACGUGGUGCCCACAUGCUUCCCCGGACAGACGCAACUGUGGACGGGCUACUCCCUGCUGUAUGUGGAUGGCAAUGACUAUGCCCACAACCAGGACCUGGGCUCGCCCGGCUCCUGUGUGCCGCGCUUCUCCACCCUGCCCGUGCUCUCGUGCGGCCAGAAUAACAUCUGCAACUAUGCGUCGCGCAACGACAGGACCUUCUGGCUGUCCACCUCCGCGCCCAUUCCGAUGAUGCCCGUGGAGAACUACGAGAUCAGCAAGUACAUCUCACGGUGCGUGGUUUGCGAGGCGCCAGCCAAUGUGAUUGCCAUGCACAGUCAGUCGCUGGAAAUUCCCAACUGUCCCAAUGGAUGGGAGGGUCUCUGGAUCGGCUACAGUUUCCUCAUGCACACGGCUGUGGCCAAUGGAGGCGGUGGACAGGCGCUGCAAUCACCUGGCUCCUGCCUGGAGGACUUCCGUGCCACGCCCUUCAUCGAGUGCAAUGGCGCCAAGGGCACAUGCCACUUCUAUGAGACAAUGACCAGCUUCUGGAUGGUCACAUUGGAGUCCGGCGAUAGCUUCCAGAAGCCCGAGCAGCAGACGAUCAAGGCCGGCAACCUGCUGUCCCGCGUCUCCAGGUGCCAGGUGUGCAUGAAGAACUCCUCGUAGGACCACCUGGAUGACACACCACUGAGAGACGCCCAGCAUAAGUUUAAUAUCUAAAUGUAAUGCCUUAAAUUUACCAACGAACACAACAAACAACACACACACACAGACGAACCAACAC